UGUGGCCCGGGUGGCCGAGGCUGGCUUGGGUUGGGGGCCAGGGUGCUCCAGGCUCCACGCCCGGAGCGAACUUGAUAGAGACUCGGGCCCACGCCCUAAGGGGUUAAACCUUUCUCAUGUUACGGAGCGGUUUAUAAGAAGGCUCGGGAGGCCCAGCCUCCGCCUUAUUGGGAGCCUUUUGGGGUUUAUUCUCUUCCCUUCUAACUUGCUCAAGAAUGACCCAAAAGAACUCCAAGCUUUGUUCCACCGCCAAUGUGUAUGCCCAAGUGCCUGAUGGAGGAUGGGGAUGGGCAGUCGCUGUGGCUUUUUUCUUCAUUGAAGUCUUUACCUAUGGCGUCAUCAAGUCAUUUGGUGUCUUCUUUAAUGACUUAAUGGACAGUUUUGAUGAAUCCAACAGCAAGAUUUCGUGGAUAAUAUCCAUAUGUGUGUUUGUGUUAACAUUUACAGCUCCCCUCUCCACGGUCCUGAGCAACCGCUUCGGACAUCGGCUGGUGGUGAUGGCAGGAGGGCUGCUGAUCAGCACGGGAAUGGUUGCUGCCUCCUUCUCCCGAAGGGUCUACCACAUGUACAUCUGCAUAGGGGUCAUCUCUGGUUUGGGGUACUGCUUUAGUUUCCUCCCAACUGUCACCAUUCUGUCACAGUACUUUGACAAAAGGCGUUCAGUAGUCACUGCGGUUGCGUCCACGGGAGAGUGCUUUGCUGUGUUUGCUUUUGCGCCAGCCAUCACAGCCCUGAAGGAGCAUAUUGGCUGGCGAUACAGCCUCCUCUUCGUGGGCCUGCUGCAGCUGAACAUCCUGGUCUGUGGCGCCUUGCUAAAACCAAUUAUCAUCAAAGGGCCAGGGUCGCCGAAAAUAAUCACUCACGAACCCCGGAGAGAAGUGCAAUACAUGCUUGAAAAUGAGAAAACACGGACCUCAAUAGACUCCAUCGACUCAGGAGUAGAACUAACUACCUCACCAAAAAAUGUGCCUAGUCAAGCUAACACAGAGCAGGAAGCCAGGGCUGAACAGCAGCUGACCCUGGUGGCUGGCCCCAAGCUCGGCCAGAAGAAAGCCCCGCUGUUAGACUUUUCUGUUUUGAGAGAGAAAAGCUUCAUUUGUUACGCAUUGUUUGGCCUCUUCGCCACGCUGGGCUUCUUUGCGCCUUCCCUGUAUAUCAUUCCUUUGGGUAUCAGUCUAGGCAUCGACCCUGACCGCGCUGCUUUCUUACUAUCUACAAUGGCCAUUGCUGAAGUCUUCGGAAGGAUCGGGGCUGGGUUCAUCCUCAACAGAGAGCCCAUUCGCAAGAUCUACAUUGAACUCAUCUGCGUCAUUUUACUGACAGUGUCCCUCUUCGCCUUCACUUUUGCUACCGAGUUCUGGGGCCUCAUGUUGUGUAGUGUGUUUUUUGGCAUUAUGGUUGGGACCAUUGGAGGGACCCAUAUUCCACUGUUGGCUGAGGAUGACGUCGUUGGAAUCGAGAAAAUGCCAUCUGCAGCUGGAGUCUAUGUCUUCAUUCAGAGCAUUUCAGGGCUGGCAGGGCCACCCCUGGCAGGCCUACUGGUUGACCAGAGCAAGAUAUACAGCAGAGCCUUCUAUUCCUGUGCAGCAGGCAUGUUUGUGGCUGCUGUGUGCCUCGCCCUGGUAAGACCCUGCAAAAAGGGUCUGUGCCAGCCUCCUCAUUCAGGUGAAAACCAGACAGGCAGCCAUCACAGGAAAGCAUUACAGGACAUACCUGAAGACUUUCUGGAAAUGGAUCUUGGGAAAUGUGAGCCCAGGGUUCAUAUAAAAAUGGAUCCAGUGUGACACAUUUUCAUGUCAUAGCUUCUAUGUUGCCUGGGAAAGGAGCCCCUGGGGAUGCAGGGAGGGGCAGGCGCCAACCACUAGACCCCACCUUUCAAACUGCACAAAGGGAAUGCAUGUGUGAACAGCAGUACCAACACCUGUCUCUCCCCUAAGCCCCCUUUGCUUGUUCUUUAAGCCAAAACCAAAACAACCAAACACUUUUCCAUACAGGAUUCCAGCCCAGUUCAGUAGCAAUACAGAGAUAUGUGUAAGGAUGCUGGCUCACAUCCCACCGCUAAAACAAUGCCAUGAAUUGAACAAACUGGUGUUAAAAGCACUCACGUGAUGAACUACUAUUUUAUAAAGUGACACCCAGCCCAAGUCAUAGAAAUGAAUUGGCCAUUCCAAAAAGAAAGAGCAGUCUUGAAUCAUUAAAAAGGUUGCUAAUUUUCAGAAAUACAGGUAAAUUAUUUUCUUAAGCAAUUUGAGAAACUGCUAACGUUUACAUUGACAAAUUAUGGCUUCUGAGUUUCCUAAAUACUGCAUGGAAAGAAAGCAAUGCUAUAAAAGUAAGCAUCUGAUUAAUAUGCAAAAAAAUUAAACACAUAUAACAACUUGAACUUCAUAAAUGUGGAGAUUACUACUUUUUUAUGGCCAGUCAUCACCAUAAGUAUUUCAAUAGAAAUGUUAAAUUGUAUUCAUGUUUCCUGUUUUUCAUAAUUCAAGAAAUGAGUGACUGUUGUGUCUUUAAUUUAAACCACUAUUUAUUAUUAAGUUAUUCUAGGAUAUUAAAAUGAUCAAAAGAAAGGGCCGGUGAGAUGAUUAAAUAGGUAAAGGUGCUUGCCACCAAGACUGAUCACCCGACUCAGUCCCUAGAACCUACGUGGUCGAAGGAGAGAACUAGCUUCUGCAAGCUGUCCUCCGACCUCCGCACUAUAACAUGCAUGGGUCCACACACGUAUACACACACACAAAUUUCAAAUGGAAAAAGAACCAAUAAUAAUGAAAAUCGAUAAACAGUGAUUUGAGGUAUGCACAGCAUUUUUUAACCUCCUAUCUGCAGCUCUUUAAAUACUUCAGAGAGCUUUUCUUGUCUCAUAAGGUCAGUUUUCACAGCCAGGUUGUAGUGAUUCUUUGCAUACAUAAGAGGCAACGUGUACCCUUUAAAGUGGGGAAGGGAAGUGACAGAUAGCAAACCGCCUCAGCUUUUAAAUUCUCACCUAAGAAUACUUGAGCAUCUUCUUCGAUCAGAUAUAUUUCAUUGAAUUGUUGGAACAUUUCCAGUGGUUUUUGUUGUUGUUGUUAUUCAGUCUUUAAUUGUUGAAGCAUUAUCUUCAUUUCACUGUAAGUAGGAGAAAUGCUUACAUCUCUUUCACAAGUUGCAAUUUACAUCUUCCGUAGAACUUGAUUGUCCUAAGUUGCCAUGGGUACCAGGUACCUGGUCACUGCUGUUGGCGAGUUACACUACGUGUGUGUAGUGUCCUGCAUUCUAGCAGUUCUCUGUUCAGGGGACACUGUGAGGAUGAGGGGGGCUGCGUCCUCGCCUGUUUGACUGUAUCUCCCCGAUGGAGUGGCCGAUGCUUGCUGCUCAGUCUUUCCUCGUCGUUACUGUUAAUGACAACUCAGGGGGAACUUAGAACAAGCCUCGUCUGCUGACAGGUCCACACAAGCUUGAACCUUUCUCUGCACUGAGGAGAGUGGUGUAGUUUGUCACCACCGGCCACAUUUUAUACAGCAUCUUAGCAGCCAUAGAAAUAGGACAAUCUGUAAAACUCUGGGGAGGGGGAGGGACUCGAAGACCACCGUGUCUGUCCAAAAAACAAAAGAGCGUGCACACCCAAAACCAGGUGGAUGUAGCAAAGCUCUGUGGGGCUCGCCGUGGGCGGCUCCGCAGACUCUCGAGACUUCAGCACUUUACAACCUAUUUUGUACUGCGGAUGUUCGAUACGAUUUAAUAUUUAUAACUGAUUUCUGAGGGAUCUACUCUGAGUUUAUUCUGUUUACUGCAUGAGACAAGAAAAUGUAUGCCAAUUUCAGUAUGUCAGCAAUCAGGGGUGUAACUGUCGGGAAGGAAAAGUAAACACCACCACAGGACCAAUGAUUUGUUCUGUAUGAGUGACAUUCCGGUACUUCUAGAUUUACAAUAAAUUUAUGGCUUUUUAUUUAA